AUGAUUGUCAACGGUGCUUCUGAUCCUAUUUUAUGCCGAUGUUUUCCUUCUUUUUUGGAUGGUCCUGCACUUGACUGGUUUUGUUCUUUGCCUGCAGAUUCUAUCUCACGUUUUCAGGAGCUAGCCAAACAGUUCGAAGAUCAUUUUGCAGCCUCGGCGAUAUAUCUCCACGAUUCUGAUUACCUAACGACCAUCAAGCAGGGUCCACAGGAAAGUCUAAAGGACUAUAUAACUCGGUUCACUAAGGUCGCCAUGAGUAUUCCGGACCUCCAUCCUGAAGUGCAUCUUCACGCCAUUAAAAGUGGCCUUCGUCCAGGAAAGUUCCAAGAAACUAUCGCCGUAGCUAAGCAAAAAACUCUAGCUGAAUUCCGCGAAAAGGCCAAGGGACAGAUAGAUAUCGAAGAGCUUCGCCAAGCACGGAAAUCAGAGAGGUCCCUCCCUAAAGACGACGAGAGAGCUCGGGAUACCAAAAAGGGUUUCAAACCAGUCCCCCGUUACGAAUCAUAUACCCAGUUUAAUACCAAGAGGGAUGAUAUCAUUAAGGAAAUUCUGAAUUCAAAAUUGAUCAAACCUCCCCGUAAGGCGGGAAAUUACCCUGAACCCAAAAACAUUGACAAAUCAAAAUAUUGCACCUUCCACCAGAAGCAUGGUCACACAACUGAUGAGUGUAUAAUUGCUAAGGACCUCCUAGAGCGAUUGGCCCGACAAGGCCAUCUCGAUAAAUUCAUCGCAGGUUACAUGCAGAAAAGAGCGGCAUCCAACUCAGAACAACCCUCAACAGGCCAAUCAUCAAAAGAAAGGGAUAAGACCCCAGCUCAACCACGGGGAGUAAUCAAUUGUAUUUCAGGAGGAUAUGCUGGAGGGGGAAGUACCAGUUCAGCCAGGAAGCGGACGUACCGAGCUAUGUUAACGGUGGGGGACCUCGACCAAAGCUCGGAACCAGUCCCUGACAUUCCUGAAUUGACAUUUCAUCCUACCGACGUUAAUACAAAGCACACAAAUUACGACGACCCUGUAGUCGUCUCUAUCCAACUAGGAGACCUUAUUGUUCGGAAAGCACUGCUUGAUCCAGGGAGUAGUGCUGAUGUACUUUUUUUUGCAACAUUUCAAAAAAUGAAAUUGAGUACUAACAUUUUGCGGUCAUAUUCAGGAGACCUGGUCGGAUUUUCAGGAGAACGGGUCCCCGUCCUGGGAUCUGUAUGGUUGCAGACCACACUAGGCGAACAACCACUAUCCAGAAUGCAGGACGUUCAGUACCUUAUCGUAGAUUGUUUCAGCCCUUACAAUGUCAUUUUAGGAAGACCCUUUUUAAACAAAUUUGCUGCUAUUGUUUCUACAUAUCACCUCUGUGUCAAGUUUCCUGUGCAGGAUAAUAGGGUUGCAACCAUACAUGGUGACCUCCAGGAAGCUCGGCAGUGCUACAACAUAAGUCUGAAACCUCUCAGAAGAAACACCGAAACUCGGAUCAACUCAAUACAAUCCGAGCAACCAAUCUUGACUGAAUUGGACCCAAGAGCCGACUUUCAGGAACGUCCCAUGCCUAAUGAAGAACUUCAAAAGGUCGCCCUAACCGACGAUCCAUCAAAGUUCACAUUCAUCGGAACAUCAAUGGACGACGAAGCCAAGAUAAAGAUGACUAAUUUCUUACGAGCAAACGCCGACCUCUUCGCAUGGACUUCAGGAGACAUGCCAGGGAUCAGUCCGUCAGUAAUCACACACAAGUUAGCUGUCAGUCCGACGGCCCGACCAGUCUCCCAAAAAAAGAGAAACCUCGGUGCCGAGAAGCGAUCAGCCUCCAUGACUGAGGUCAAUAAGCUCCUUGAAGCAAAGUUCAUCCGCGAAAUCAGAUUCACCACUUGGCUGGCAAACGUCGUUAUGGUAAAAAAGAAUAACGGUAAAUGGCGCAUGUGCGUCGACUUUACUGAUUUAAAUAAAGCAUGUCCAAAAGAUGCUUUUCCUUUACCCUGCAUAGAUACGUUAGUAGAUAACUCCUGUGGGUAUGACACUUUGAGUUUUAUGGAUGCAUAUUCAGGUUAUAAUCAGAUCCUUAUGCAUCCAUCAGACCAAGAAAAAACAGCUUUCAUAACUGAAUAUGGAAACUAUUGCUAUAAUGUUAUGCCUUUCGGUUUAAAGAAUGCAGGGGCAACAUACCAACGACUGAUGAACAGGAUUUUCGAGCAACAAAUAGGCAGAAACAUCGAGGUAUAUGUUGACGACAUGGUCGCCAAGACCAAGAUCGGCCAGUCCCAUACUCAAGAUCUCGAAGAAAUAUUUGCUCAAAUCAGACGCUAUAAUUUGAGACUGAACCCGGAGAAGUGCGCCUUCAGCGUAAAAGGAGGGAAGUUCCUCGGAUUUAUGCUGACAAGUCGGGGAAUCGAGGCAAACCCAGAGAAGUGUCAAGCAAUACUUGAUAUGCGCAGUCCAACGACAGUGAAAGAUGUACAAAGGUUAACAGGAAGAUUAGCGGCAUUGUCAAGAUUCUUACCAUGUUUGGCCCUGAAAUCUUUCAAUUUUGUCCAAUGUCUAAAGAAGAGUGCAAAAAGCUUCUCCUGGGAUGAGAAAUGUGAAGAAGCAUUUUUGAGCUUGAAACACCUGCUGUCUAAGCCACAUGUUUUGCAGAAACCAAAGCUUGGCGACCCGCUAUACCUCUACUUAUCCGUCACCGAGAUGACUGUUAGUUCGGUUCUUGUCACAGAAAACAGCAAAGACCAGCAGCUGGUAUAUUUUGUGAGCAAGACACUACAAAACGCGGAACUUAGGUAUCCAAAGCUUGAAAAGCUCGUCCUGGCACUCAUAUUCUCGGCAAGGCGACUCCGACCUUAUUUUCAAAGUCAUACAGUUAUCGUCCGAACAGAGCAUCCACUGCGACAAAUACUCUCUAAGCCCGAGCUAGCAGGGCGACUGACUAAGUGGUCAAUUGAACUGUCUGAGUUCGACAUACAAUUCCAACCAAGAGGGUCUGUUAAGUCACAGUGCCUGGCCGAUUUUGUGGCGGAAUUUACUAACACUUCAUCCGAUGAAAGAAGUUGGCUGUGGACCCUAUUCGUUGAUGGAGCCUCAAACCCUCAAGGGGCAGGAGCAGGAGUACUACUAGAAAGCUCGGAUGGUUUAAUCCUCGAACACUCUCUCAGGUUCUCAUUCAAAGCCAGCAAUAACCAAGCCGAAUACGAAGCUCUCAUAGCAGGGCUCAGGUUAGCCAUUGACUUAAGUAUUCAUGAAUUAAAGGUUUAUUGCGAUUCGUUACUAGUCGUGCAACAAGCAAAUCAAAAUUUCCAAACAAAAGAUCCAAUUCUUUUGAAAUAUUUAAAUAUUGUUCAAACCUUAUUAAACAAAUUUUCUAAAAUAGAAAUUGCCCACAUAGCUAGAGAACAAAACCAUAGGGCAGAUGUUCUAUCCAAACUAGCAACAACACAAGCACACACGGCCACACUUUUACAAUCAACCUUAGACAAGCCGAGCAUUGAAUCGGCACAAAUUCUAAACACCUUGACUAAAGACAGUUGGCAGCAGCCUUAUAUUCAAUACCUCAGUAACGGAACUAUUCCGGAGGAAAUUGAAAACAAGGGUAAAUUCAGACGACAAGCUUCUUUUUUCACCUUGAUUAAUAACACUUUGUAUAGGCGAGGAUAUUCUCGACCAUUAUUGAAAUGUUUAGAUAGAGCAGAAGCUGAUCUUCUCUUAGCCGAAGCUCAUGAAGGAAUCUGUGGCAUACACUCUGGAGCUCGAAGCUUAGCGCAAAAAGCUCUACGAGCAGGAUUUUAUUGGCCGACAAUAUGGGAAGACAGUAAACAUAAGGUCAGAACCUGCGACAACUGUCAGAGACACUCACCGAUCAUUAAUAUGCCUGCCGAACAUCUCCACCACUCAGUGGUAAGUUGGCCGUUCAACAGGUGGGGAAUAGAUAUACUCGGCCCUUUCCCUACCGCUCCGAGACAGGUAAAAUUUUUGGUAGUUGCAAUAGAUUACUUCUCUAAAUGGAUUGAGGCUCAGCCGCUUGCAAAAAUCACCUCAUCACAAAUGAUAAGUUUCGUAUGGAAACAUAUAAUUUGUAGAUUUGGUAUACCCGGCCAUAUCGUCACUGAUAAUGGUCGGCAAUUUACUGAUAGCACUUUCAAAGAAUUUUUACAGAACUUAAAGAUAAAACAACACUUCUCUUCCGUGGAACACCCGCAAUCCAACGGCCUGGCAGAAGCAGCAAACAAGAUCAUCCUGCAAGCAUUAAAGAAAAAGCUCGAUAACGCAAAAGGCUUAUGGGCCGAGCUUAUCCCUGAGGUUUUAUGGGCAUAUAACACAACAAUCCAUUCAACGACCAAGGAAACUCUGUUCAGAUUGGUCUAUGGAUCCGAAGCAAUGAUCCCAAUGGAAGUGUCCCAAGGCUCUAUGCGGACAUUAGCCGAAGAUCAUGACAAAUCCAGGCAAGCAGAGCUCGACCUAAUUGAAGAAAUUAGAGAAACAGCAGCAGUUCGGCACAGAGCCCUGCAGCAACAGGUGGGCCGACGAUAUGAUCGGAAAGUAGUUCCAAGAGCAUUCAGCAACGGAGACUUAGUACUUCGAAAAACUGAACAAGCUCGCCGACCUCCUUCUCAUGGAAAGCUCGCCGCCGCUUGGGAUGGCCCAUAUCGAGUUUCUGAGGUACUAGGCCGAGGAACAUAUAAGCUAGAACAACUAGAUGGCACGCAAAUUCCAAACACAUGGAACAUCAACUCUCUGAAACAAUAUUUCAGUUAA